AUGCCGGAUGCUCUCUCUUACAAUGAACGCCUCAAGCAAGCCGAAACGUCGGCGGACGGUGAGCCCAAGCGGAAGACGCCGUCAAGUGUCGUAGAAAGUGGAAACUACCUGUCGUUGCCGUUGGAAGUGCUGAAGGAAGUAUUUCUUUCACUGGACACCAUUGACCGCGAUCGUUGCCGCCGCACCUGUCACCUGUGGGACGCCCUUCUCACCGCGGCGGACGUGUGCAGCGAGGUGCGGACAGGGCGGCCGCAUGAAAGCCCCUGGGAUGGACACUUCCUGUACGCCUGUAUCGCCAAGCACAUCACGCCCGCCACCCGCACCAUCAGUCUGCGCGAAAACGGCACGUCGGCAGAAACGGUCUUCUUCUAUACGGCGUACCUCUUGGAGCGCACCGGCAUCCGCCUCCACCGCUUUAUCUCGCACGGCCGAGCGACCAGCCUCCGUGAGCACGAACUGAAGCCAUCGGCACUGGACGUCAUGGCCGCCACGAUGACCGCGGGCCCGCUGCAGCCCUGGCUAGUGUGGUGCUGUGAGCGGGUGAUUGUCAAGGAUUUCCUCCUUAGCGUGGUGAAGGAUCGGUCGACCGUUCUGCAGUGCCGCGUUCCCCUUGCGGUCUUCACCGGGCAGCAGGUCGGUAAGGUGGAAGUUGUGGAGUUGUUGGAGAAGCAUUUGCGCAGUCAGAGACCGCCGUUGGAUGUGCAGCGCAUCGCUCAGUGUUUGGCCAAUGUGAUUGUCAGUGAAGAGAAAGCCAUAUUAGUGAAAAAGAUCCUGGAAGCCUACCAAGCCGGCGAUCCGCGUCCCUCGGCGCAUUAUCGGGAACAGCGAUGGUGCUUGUACAAUAUGGCCAGCGUGGAUGUCAGCAAGCUGAAUCGCUUCUGCCUGUGCGCCUUAUGGAACUGCAUGAAGGACUGGUGUAAUGGCGACAAAGUAUCCAGCGAUUCUGCUAAGUAA